AUGCAUGAAUAUCCUCCACCGCCACCACCAAGUGUUGUGAAAGAUGAAGGUGGUGGUGGUAAUAGAGGAAAGAAACCAACAACAUCAUAUAACAAGAGUCAUAGCAGAAGCACAGUGGUAAUGCCAAUGGCAGUAAAAAUAAUCAAGAUGAAGCCGAGGAAAAGCCGAGGCAAAAUCUGCAUUAUGAGUAUCAGCCAGUCGGAUGAAACAAACUGGAUCCACGUACAGCUGCAGCUGCAGCUGCAACUGAUGGGUCUGGGAAUGCAAUGGGUCAGAGAGAGGUAUUUGCAGCCACUUGUUGAUACCCCUGGAGAUGUAUUCCAACUGAGGAAGCUUCUUCCUACAUCUCUGCCUUACAACAUCAACGUUCAUACUGAAGACAUCACUGCCCUCUUGAGUCUUAAGAAAAUGCAAAACCCUACAGUGACACUGUUACCUUCAGGUUUACCAAUCCAAUCUACACUUCACAUUUCCUAG